UUUGGGUUAAUAUAGUUGGUCCUUGGGCCGUCCGAAUUCGUAUAAAAGGGCCAAGAUCUCGUUGAGUAUUCGUAGUUGCUGCCUGGCAUCAGCUGAUCAUCAACAUGAGGACUUUGGUGGUUCUGGCUGUAUUUGGCGUGUGCCUGGUUUCUGCCCAGUUCACCCCCGAAGUGGAAGCAGAGAGAGCUCGCUUCUUCGAAGCUUUCCGAGCUGCCAAACAAGCUGCUUCCUCCAGCAAGUACUCAGAGCCCCAGCCAGCCUACAGAGGACCCUUCGCUGCCUCUGUGCCUGCCGGCGUCGAUGGAAGGGUCACGCCCGUCAGUGACACAGCCGAAGUCAGGACUGCUACUGAUGCGUUCUACAGAGCCUACAGAGCACAAGUUGAGGCCACUAAAGGUUCGUCUGAUUCUGCUUCCUAUGUGCUCAAGACUGAUCCUGCAACAUCAGCUAAGUACGUGCUAAAGACUGAUACUGCAACAUCAAAUAGAUAUUUGUAUAAGGCUGUUCCAUCGCCUUCUUACAGAGCAAAGUCUGGCUCUGAAACAUCAGUCAAGUAUUUACUGAAGACUGAUCCUGAAACGUCCUCCAAGUAUUUGUAUAAGCCUGAUCCAGGAACUGCAGCUGAAUAUGCAGCAAAGCCCUAUUCUGCAGGCUCAGCUAAGUAUGUUGUCAAGACUAAUCCUGAAACAUCAGUCAAAUAUUUGUUCAAGGCUGUUCCAACAACAUCAGGGACAUAUGUAGUGAAGGACGAUCCUCAAACACCAUAUAAAUAUGAGCUCCAGGCUGUUCCUCAAACAUCAGCUACCUACAGAGCAAAGACUGACCCUGCAUAUUUAGCAAAACAAGGUUAUGAAGGAUCUCCUGUAUAUGUGGCAAAGGUUGCUCCUUCAACAGCUGAAUUCAGAACAAAGGGUGAUCCUGCAUACAAAGCAAAGUCUGACCCUGCAUAUGUGGCAAAGGUUGUUCCUGCAGCAACAUAUGUCCAACAGCCAAGAUGGCCUGGACCAUUCGCCUCCUCAGUACCUGCCGGCCUUCCAGGCUCUCCAGGGCAAGUUCCUUACACCCAGGAAGUGUUGGAUGCCAAGUAUGCCUUCCAGAAGGCAUACCAGAGGCAGUUGGAAGCUGUGUCCAACUAAAAGAAGGAUUGCUGGCCUCCUUGACUGACUCUGCAGAUAUACCACCAACACAUAAUUCCUUCUGUUAUAAGAUACUUGCUGACUUCUGAGUGCAUUGUGUAUAAAAUCAUAGAAAUAAAAUUGAUUCAUUAAUAAAAA